GGCAUCACAAGGGGUUGCCAGGGCUUGUUUCCGCAAGGCCCUGGGCGGCCGUUUCAUCAAGGAUCGUCUAUAAAGAGGUCGGUUGCAAUCACCUGGUCUUAAUCUUCCCUCCACAUCCCAGCCCAGUUUGAGUCUUUGAGAUAGCAGCACCAAAGGACCCUCAGGACCAUCAGCAGCAGCUUGAUCCAUCACCAUGUGGCCCACUCCCAAGGUUGCCUUCCUCCUCCUCUGGGCGCACUCGCUUCUUGUGAAUGGCACCCCUCUCGAGGCUGAUUCCGCCGUACUCGCCAAGCGGCAAUGCCCGGAGGUCCACGUCUUCGGAGCGCGUGAGACGACGGUCCCGCCCGGCUUCGGCACGGCGGGGCAGGUGGUCAACCUGAUCCUACAGGCGUACCCGGGGGCGACGUCCGAGGCGAUCAACUACCCGGCGUGCGGCGGCCAGUCGAGCUGCGGCGGCGUGCAGUACGGCGACUCGGCGCGGCAGGGCACCAGCGCCGUGGCGUCGGCCGUCAACAGCUUCAACCAGCGCUGCCCCAACACCAAGCUCGUGCUGGUCGGCUACUCGCAGGGCGGCCAGAUCAUGGACAACGCCUACUGCGGCGGGCCCGACACCGGAUCGGGCAUCACCACCACCGCCCCGCCCAUCUCGGCCGCCGCGCUCGGCCAGAUCAAGGCCGUCAUUGAGAUGGGCUCGCCGCGCUAUGUCGCCGGUCUGUCCUACAAUGUGGGGACUUGCACGGCUCAGGGUUUCGCCCCCCGCCCGCGAGGUUACGUCUGCGCCUCAUCCGCAUCCAAGAUCCAGUCCUACUGCGACGCCACCGACCCCUACUGCUGCACGGGCAACGACGCCAACUCACACCAGCAGUACGGCACCAAGUACGGCCAGCAGGCGCUGGCCUUUGUCAAGAGCAAGCUUGACGCUUCUGGUGGUGGUGGUGGUGGUGGUGGUGGUGGUGGUGCGCCCACGACCACGACGACCCAGCCCAACAACCCCGAUCCGACGGGCGGGAAUGGCGGCGGCGGCGGUGGUGGUGGGAACUGCGCUGCUCUCUGGGGGCAGUGCGGUGGUCAGGGUUGGACGGGCCCGACAUGCUGCUCGCAGGGUAGUUGCAAGGCGGCGAAUCAGUGGUACUCGCAGUGCCUGAACUAAGGUCACCACCGAUGUUUUGGGGGGUGGGGGGUGGUGGUUGCGGCAUCACAGGUGGAUAUGGGAAGGACGCAGAAAUUUUAGUGGCUUAGGUUCAUGUAAAUAUUCCGUUUCUGAUGUAACCAGAACAACGCCGGUACAUAAGUAUGACUGAGCCUACUGUUCGGUCGGCCUUGCUGGGCUCUGCGGAGCAAUAGUAGUAGUACCUAUGUGACAGGAUAUGCGCAUGAUUUGUACUUAGUACUACCUGUGAAGUCCAUCGACCAGCUCUCGUCUUUUG